AUGUCUCCCUGGUAUAAGGAUGAUGAUGAUGAUGUUUAUGGUAGUGGUGGUAGUUGUGACGAUCGUGGUCAUGAUGAAGGUGAUGGAGAUGGUGGUGAUGGCGAUGCUGGUGAUGGCAACCAAGUUCACUGGGUUUUUCUGACAGAUAUUCCUCAAGAACUUACCCUCCAAGAUGAUGAAGCAGUUAUAUCAUGCGGCAUCAGAUUCUCGCCGUCUGGAGCUAAGCUCAGCAAACCUAUCAAGGUCACAUUGGACCAUAGUGCACAUUUCUCUAAUCCAAGACGUGCAGAGAUGGUCUUCUACACGCGUAACAAAGACUCAGAAUCUUUUGAAAGAAUUCCUGCAUCCACCAGCGGUUACCCACGUUGUGAUGUCAGAGCAAAAGACUUGGAUCUUUACGUAGAUCAUUUUUGCGCUUGGUGGAUUGUGGCUAAAAUCACUCGAUACUUUGUUGGAAAGAGGGUCAACUUCACGCCAUAUGCACAUGCACAACCACCUGUCGGGAAAGGGUCCACCCACUUGGUGCUUCUCUGCAUCUAUGACGACCUCCCAGAUGUUAUUAAGGUGAGACAGAGAUUAGGGGGAAACAAAUAG